AUUAAAAUGAGCGCAAAAAAGAAACCGUGGGUGAAAUCCGCGUUCAGUGAUCUGAACUUGAUACAGAAAGCCAGUCCGGAUCCGUUGCCCGUCAAGCGCACAAGAAGCGCAACAGUUGCAGCAGCUGCCGGCUCCAAAUCCGAAAGAAAAAUCGUAAAGCCAACUACGGAUGAAGUUGUGGAUCUGACAGACAAUGGGGAAGACGGGGGUGAUACGGCGCCUGUAGUCAGUGACAAUUGGAUGGAGAGCUUUGCGCCCAGUGUCAGUGAUGAGCUGGCUGUGCAUCCCAAGAAAAUUGCCGAUGUGCGCAACUGGUUGCAGCAUUGUGAGGCGAUGCGAAAAAAGUAUCCGGCACAGAUUUGCCUGCUGACUGGACCGGCCGGUUGUGGUAAGACUGCCGCGGUGCGCGUACUGACCAAAGAGUUGGGAUACGCACUGCAGGAAUGGAUCAAUCCCGUUGACUGCGAGGAAAUCAAUGCGCUGGGCGAUCAGCCAGAGGGUUCUUAUGUGGGUUCACAGCUGCAAGCCUUCAAGAGUUUUCUAUUGCGCGCCUCCCGCUAUAAAUCCUUGCUGGCAGCACAUAACAAACGUCUAUUGCUUGUCGAGGACUUUCCCAAUGCUCUGCUCAAAGAUGCAGCAUCCACCUUUGAGGACUUGCUGGACGAAUAUGUAAACUAUGGCAAAUCACCCCUGAUCUUCAUAGUGGCCGACAGCAAGUCACGCAUGCUCAACAUUAGCUACAAACUGUUCACGGAUCAACUGAAGACCAAACUGCGCAUCGAACACAUCAGCUUCAAUGCGAUCGCAUCAACCAUUAUGCAAAAGUCAAUGAAACGCUUUGCGACACUGAUGCAGCAGCAGGAGCAACACAAGGCGCUAUACAAGGCGCCCACACAAAAUGUGUUGGACUCGAUUGUGGUGUGUGCCCAAGGCGAUAUACGCAAUGCUCUCAUCAACCUGCAUUUUGGAUCGCUCCGAGGUGCGCCUAGCAUGGCCACCAAGCAGCUGACCAAUAUAACCUCGGCUGCUGGCAAAGGUCGCAAACGGAAGGCAACAAGCACGCUAAAGUCGAUUGGACGAGACGAGUCCAUUACCAUGAUGCAUGCGCUCGGUCGCGUCUUCAAUCCCAAAUAUACUGAGGAUAAGGAUAAGGAUAAGCAACUGCUGCAUAGCCCCGAGACUUUGGCUGAGGCAUUUUGCACAGAGCCCCGCAACUUUGUUAACUUUAUACACGCCAACUAUUUGCCACAUUUCCAGGACAUUUCGCAUGUGAAUGCGGCUGUCGACGAUAUUGGACUGUCGGACAUGCUGCUCCAAGAAUACCGCGAUGAUUCUCUGGCGCUGGUCGGGCUCACAGUCGCCGUUCGAGGCUGUAUGGUAGCCAAUGUGGCGCCAAUCAGUGGCUGGAUGCCGGUGCGUGGACCCAAACGCCCAACUAUUCAGCCCCCCUUGAGUGGACCGGAGCAACGGCUAAUGGGCGUGGCAUAUGCUGGGAUUUCCAAACGCCUCUACGCCAGCGAAUUUAGCUCCUUUGUUAAGACCAUAGCCAGUAAACGCAACUAGGUUAAGAGUCAAUUAUAAAUUAUAUUAUUUUUUAGUUAAAUAUUACAAUUCAACAUUUA